AUGGCCGAAGGAAUCAAAAACAUUUCCGACAACGAAACCUCCGAGGAGAAGAAUUUGACCUUCAGUUACUCCCCGGACUGCAUUCCGUGGCUUGUUGCUUCCAUCACUGAAUGUCUGGCCAUUGUCAUCCUCAAUCUCCUCACUAUUAUUGUAUUUGUGAAGCAGCGUCAGCUACAGCGCCAGAGUACAUACUUGAUCAUCCAUCUGGCCAUAGUCGAUCUCUUGGUAGGAGCAGUUUCGGGUCCUGUGAUUGUUAAUCAUCUUUUGGAGCACUAUUGCGAUUUAUGGAGGGGAACUCAGACGAUUUUUAGAUUGGCCGAUUUGUUUCCCAUGGCCUCACUUGUAAAUCUCGCUGCUAUUUCUUUAGAAAGAAUGCAUGCCACAUUAUUUCCAUUUGGGCAUCGUGUAAUUAAGAAAAAGGUUUAUGCAAUGGCAAUUGCCGCUAUUUGGUUUCUAACUUCAUCGAGGGAGACUGCUUUGAUUGUGUUAUACGAAACACAAGGAAAUUCUCAUCUCGCUAUAUCAUUCAAAAGGGUUAGCUUAGUAUCAAUUUUGUCAGUUUCUCUAAUUCUGAUCAGCAUUUCCUCUAUUUCAAUUUUCAUCAAAGUUCGAUUCAGUCCUAAUCCUCAACAUCAUGGUGAAACCAACAGAGAAAGAAAACUGACCGCCACCUUACUUUUUGUCACGCUUGCAUCUUUGGUAACUUGGCUUCCAUAUAACAUUAUCUUCAUAGUAUUAUAUCGGCAUGAAGGUGCCUCCGGCUUAAAAGGGGCCUACUUUCAUGAUGUUAUGUGGCUGGUAACAUUAGCUGGCGCUAAUUCCAUAGUAAAUCCAAUUGUGUACGCUAUAUGGAUGCCAGAAUUUAGGAAGAGUGUUAUCAGAAUGUUCCGUAGACCCCAACAUCGUACACGUGUCGCUGAUUUGCCACUUGUGAAUCUACAGCACACACCAAGUCCUACUGCUCGUAGAUCAGACAGACACGUGAAUACCCAAACUUGA